CUUGACGCUGCUAGCCAAACUUCAGAAUGAACCCGACAAGAGACAAACCCGUUAGUUUGUAGAGGAGAAACUGUAACCGUCCAUGUCUUGUCCACAAAUAUCAACCCGCUGACACAGUUACUGACAGCAAUGUCGAGAGAAAACACCACUCGAAGUUUGGACAGCAUAGACCUCGCUGCUCUGAGAGAUCCAGCAGGUAUCUUUGAGUUGGUGGAGGUGGUUGGCAAUGGAACCUACGGUCAGGUGUACAAGGGACGUCAUGUCAAGACAGGCCAACUGGCAGCUAUCAAAGUCAUGGAAGUCACAGAGGAGGAAGAAGAGGAGAUAAAACUGGAGAUCAACAUGUUGAAGAGUUACUCCCACCAUAGAAACAUCGCUACUUAUUAUGGAGCUUUUAUUAAGAAGGGUCCUGCUGGACAGGACCACCAACUCUGGUUGGUGAUGGAGUACUGUGGGGCCGGCUCUGUGACAGACUUGGUGAAGAAGACUAAGGGGAACUGUCUGAAGGAGGACUGGAUAGCUUACAUCUGCCGAGAGGUGCUCAGGGGUCUUUCCCAUCUUCACUCCCAUCAUGUGAUUCACAGAGACAUUAAGGGACAAAAUGUUUUGCUCACAGAGAAUGCUGAAGUCAAACUGGUUGACUUUGGAGUGUCGGCACAGCUGGAUAAGACUAUCGGUCGAAGAAACACCUUCAUCGGUACUCCCUAUUGGAUGGCUCCAGAAGUCAUUGCCUGUGACGAGAACCCCGAGGCCACAUAUGACUACAGGAGUGACCUCUGGUCUUUAGGCAUCACGGCUUUAGAGAUGGCUGAAGGAGCCCCUCCUCUGUGUGACAUGCAUCCAAUGAGAGCUCUGUUUCUGAUUCCACGAAACCCUCCUCCCAAACUCAAGUCAAAGAAAUGGUCGAAGCGUUUCUUGUCGUUUGCUGAUAGUUGUCUGGUCAAGAACCAUUUGCAGCGACCGACCACUGACGCCCUGCUCAGACACGCUUUCAUCCGGGACCUGGCUAAUGAGAGACAAGUUCGCAUCAUGCUCAAAGAUCACCUGGACAGAACCAGGAAGAAAAGGGAGAAAGAGGGUCCAGAGUAUGAGUACAGUGGCAGUGAAGAAGAGGAUGACGAGGUAACAGAGGAGGAAGGAGAACCCAGCUCCAUAGUGAAUGUUCCUGGUGAGUGGACGUUAAGACGGGAGUUUCUUCGUUUACAGACAGAGGAUCGUGACGGGGGCAGAGAGGGAGGUCACGGGGGAGGUGUUGGUCAGCAAAGACAACAGGCAUUACAGCAGCACCGGCAGCAGUUGGCGGAGCAGGAGCGAUACAAGCAGCAGUUACUAGCUGACAGACAAAAGAGGAUCCAACAGCAACAUGAGCAGCGGCAAAAGUUAGAGGAUCAGCAGAGGCGGCAGCUGGCAGACUGCGCCUAUCAGUGGGCAGAGCUUCAAGAGAUCUUGCUUGGGGAGGAGUCUGAUCUCCAUGACAACAGAAUCUUACUGGAUGAGAGGAACAAGAGGAGUGACAGGAGACAGGACCAGGGAGGCAGGCAACGGAGUGCCGAUGUGUCAGUGAGGCCUCAGGACUCCGCCGCAGAGCAGAGAGUCGUGGCUUCAAACCAGCUGCUUCAGCAUAAGGCCCAGCUCUCCCAGCCUCAGCUACAGCCACAAGCCAAGCCCCAGCCUCUGGCUCAGCAUCAGCAGCCGUCAGCGGGCAGGAGAUCCCACCGCACCCUGCCCAAGGACCAAACCCAGCUCCUGUCGCUGCAGCACGACCACAGACACAGGGAGAGAGAGAGGCAGAGGCAGAGAGAAAAGCCUGUGGCAGCAGUCCAGAAGCUAACAGCUAAUAGUGGGAACGCAGCUGCUGCUACUGCUGCUGCUGCUUCCUCGCCCAGCCGCCCUGCAAACAGCCAGCGCUCAGCGAUGGAUUUCCAAGAAUCAAACCUUGCCAGGCUGCUUUUGGUUGCUGGUCUGCCCAACCAGGUGCACUCUAGGCUGGGCUCUGGGAGCAGCUCUAGUCCAUGUACUCCAGCCAUGCAGAGAGCUCACCUCAACCAGAAUGCCAAUCUGCGCUCUAGUCGAGAAGCCCCUCACAGCAGCUCGAUGUCAGAUAUGGCCAUCUCCCCGUUGUCCCCAUUUCCCCCCCUGUCCCCAACUGAUGAUGUCUUCUGGGACUCUGGGACGCCACCCAAGGUUCCAGAACGCACUACCUCUAAAUUCUACUGUCGAGAGCUGGUGAUGGGACACAAGAGGGCCGCUUCAAGUGGCAGUCCAGUGUCUGCAGCAGAUAAAAGUGGAAGGUCUGCUUCUCAUGGAGUCUCCUCCAGCAGCAGCAACCACCCAGGUUACUUCAAGCUGGAGAGUCCUCUUCUACAGCACCGUCUACAGCAGCAAAGGAGGGCACAAGAAAACAUAACCAGUGGACAUGCACAAGGUGUGAGAUCUGCUCUGGGUCGGCAUAACAAGGCCACAGAAUACUCCUCGUCCAGUGAUGAGGUCGGUAGCAGUGAUGAAGAAGAAAGGAACAGGUCUGGCCUGUCCAACGGAAAGGGGAAAUACUCCAGAGGAAUACCUGAUGGCAUCGUACUGCAACCUCAUAACAAUCUUAACCAGAUUUCUCGGAUAGGUUCCGAUGAUACCUACCUGCUACCAGACCUGCUGCAGAAAACCUCCUCCUCCAGUCCUACCCACAAUGCACUGGGACAGCAGCAGCGAACACAUGAAUUCAGCUACUCGCAAUCACCCACAGCCCCUCGGUCCCCCACACACCAGGAACUUAAUGCUGUCAGUAGUCCUAUUGGAAAAAACUGCUCCACAUCUUCCUCGUCCUCCUUCCUGUCAUUCAUCGAUCCAAGAUUGAUCCCCAUAUCAUCGCCACCACAGAGCCCUGUGGGCAGUAAGGGAGAGCAAAUCAAGAGAGAGAACCACAGAAAGGGCUCUGUGGUGAACGUGAACCCAACCAACAUUCGACCGCAGAGCGACACUCCAGAGAUCCGCAAGUACAAGAAGAAAUUCAACACUGAGGUCCUCUGUGCUGGACUCUGGGGUGUGAAUCUGUUGGUGGGGACAGAGAACGGUCUGUGGCUGCUGGAUCGAAGUGGUCAGGGCAAAGUCUACUCCCUCAUCAGCAGACGAAGGUUUCAGCAGAUGGAUGUGUUGGAAGGACUCAAUGUCCUGAUCACUAUAUCAGGUAAAAAGAACAAGCUCCGUCUGUACUACCUGUCGUGGUUAAGGAAUAAAAUCUUGCACAACGACCCAGAGGUGGAGAAAAGACAGGGUUGGACCUCAGUAGGUGACCUGGAGGGUUGUGUACACUAUAAAGUGGUGCGUUAUGAGAAGAUAAAGUUCUUAGUGAUUGCUUUGAAGAAUGCUGUGGAGGUUUACGCCUGGGCUCCCAAACCGUACCACAAAUUCAUGGCUUUCAAGUCGUUCAGGUCUCUGCCUCAAAAACCACUGUCUGUUGACCUGACAGUGGAGGAAGGUCAGAGGUUAAAGGUCAUCUACGGCUCUUUGUCUGGUUUCCAUGCCAUUGAUGUUGACUCUGGAACACCUUACGACCUCUACCUGCCUACACAUAUCCAGGGCUCCAUUCGACCCCACGCCAUUAUCAUUUUGCCAAACAGUGCUGGAACAGAGGUUCUGGUUUGCUAUGAAGACGAGGGCGUCUAUAUUGACACCUACGGCCGCAUCACCAAGGAUACAGUGCUGCAGUGGGGGGAGAUGCCUGCGUCGGUUGCCUACCUUCAGUCUAACCAGGUGAUGGGUUGGGGAGAAAAGGCCAUAGAGCUGAGGUCGGCCAACACAGGGAAUCUGGAGGGAGUUUUCAUGCACAAAAAGGCCCAGAAACUCAAGUUCCUGUGUGAAAGGAAUGACAAGGUCUUCUUUGCCUCAGUGCAGUCAGGAGGCAGCAGUCAAAUUUACUUCAUGACUCUUGGACAGAACUCACUGUUCAGCUGGUAACAACUGGACCUGUUACUCUGGGAUCAACUGGUGGUGUGUGCUAUCAUUAUUCUGGUGAUGCCUUUUAAUAUUUGUGCUGACUGAUGUUCAUCUCCAUGAACAGUGGACACCAUACAAAGAUAAAGAGAAUAUUCCUGCAUCUAUCACUCUGUCUUGUCUAGUUUCCAUGUAAAUGCGCAUGGAUCCACAGCCGAGUUCAUCGAAACUCCAACUGCAGCAAAAACUGCUUGAUGCCAUCACUUGUUCCUUUAAUACUGACGCCUGAAUCAGCUGCAGCAACACAAAUACCUGGACCUGACAUUCAGCAAAAAGGAGCUUUAGUUCACUGUCACCUCACCUGUCUAGCAGUGUCAGCAUCUGCACACAGAGCAUGUUGUUAUGACUGAACUUCGUUGUUACCUGGAGUCUUUCCCAGUGGGAUUUAGGCUCCAAACCAUCACAGCACCAGUGUGGCAGAAAUCAAGACUCCUUUGUGUGAUGUUUUAAUCUACCGGGAAGCAAAACCGAUGGCUCGAUUCAGUUGAUUGUGUGGUUACAUCUAAAAUACACACCAUCAGUGAGCAUCUGGCUUCAAGAUCCCAUCCAUCAUCUUACCUGUCAGCACUGGAGACCACAGCAGUCCGUUCAGUUUUGUUCCACAUUCCACUCACUUCUCUCCUGGAUCAAUUAACCCUUCUUUAAUCUCCUCGAAUGGACUCCGUCCUAUCAGUUACUCAGCUAAUUAUUUGUAUAUCAGUUAUUUACUCCCAUUUACUUUAGCAUUGCUUGACUGUGGUGUAAUACUGGAUCAACUGUUUCCCUUUCAUCUGAUGAAGUGUUCAUACCUGGAUAAUAAUUCUCCUGGUACAGACCAGGAGAGUAAUGUUUCCUUCUCUGGUGUUCAGCUGCUGUCUGGUUUGUCUUCAUGGAAGUACAUGUUAAAGGGAGUAAAACUAGAAGGACAGAAGUCCUUCCUUCACUCCAUGGACAUCAUCUGGGCAUUUCAGAGACUGGAUUGGGGCCAAACUGUGGACUAAGUAGGACAACUACUGUAUGUCAUUCCACAUUUUGUCACUAUUGCGUGCCAAUUUUUUCCCUAAUGAUCUUUUGAAUUCAGUAUCCAGAUCCCGGAUCCAUCCGUGUCCCGAAUACCUCACCAGUGUUAUUUAAAAGACCCCAUGUUUUCUUCUUCACUGCUAUAAGCAUAUACCAAGGACCCAAACAAAUUAGUCAGUUACUGUACUGAAUCCUUAUUCUGUUGAUUUCCAUAUUGUAUCAUUAGACAGUAUUAUAUUUAUGCAUCAAAUGUUAUAUCAUUGACAGAGGAGUUUCCUCUUUUUGUCGUCUGAGGUGACAGUAAGUCAGUUUAACACCCAACACAUAGAUUCAAUUAGUUAUGUUAAACUGCAUCCAUAGCUGUAAAUAUACUGUCUAUGUGAACUUUAUAAUAAGGCAAAAUGCUUGAAUUGAAUUACUGUCGUGAAGACGUAGUUGGCUAACUUAAGAUUAUUCAUUAGGUCAUCUCUUAUUAUCAGCUUGAAGUCCACUUUGCUCUCUGUCUAGCCGGAAUCAGUUGCCAAUAAGGCAACAUUUAUCUCUUGGGAUACUUGCUGCAAUGCACACUUUGCAUUAAAAUAUGUUGAGACUUUUUUUUAUUUUAUUUUAUUUUCUAUCACAGUCUUGAUGCAGUACCUCACCAGUCCUCUUAGGUCCCAGUUUGGGCAUUCCCUCCACAACAUUUGAUUCUUCUUAUUCCAUACGUAGGAUCUCUAGAGCCUUGUACUUUUACACAAGUAGAGAUAUAAAACAACGCCACAGUAACAGGCUUAGAAUUAUUUUCUGCAUCUGUUUUGUACAGCUUAGGAUGUAUAUAUUCUUGUAAGAUGCACUGUUUUCUAAAUAUUUUAUAAUUGACAACCCAUCUUUAUGUAUGUGUACAGGAUUACAGGCUAAUGAAUGUGAAAUUCCAUCCCAGAGCAGAAUUCAUACAUACUAUUCCCACGAUCCUUGAAAGUUCAGUGUUUGUGAACAUGAACAGGAGCUACUGACAGUGAAUUUGAAGGCUCCUGUUCAGGUUGACCAACCUGGUCAGUGUUCAAGAUCAAAUAGUGGAUCAUAUGAAUUCUGUUUUGUGGUUGAUUUUCUGCUAACAUGUAGAAGUCAAGCUCUUUGCACAAUGGCCACCUUGUACAUGUUUCUGUUAUAUCCUCCUUUGAAAUGACUGUUUUUGUUUCAAAGCAGGUAUUUGAAGAUCACUUAAAGCCAUUCUGUAGUCAGUAUUGAAGAUAUAACUGAAAGCCAUUGGCUUUGGUUCAGUCUUUCUUACACUACCCAACAUGGGACGCACACCUGUGUUUGAUGGGUCACCUUGAGAUUUUUUUGUCAAGCUUGGAUGUGAUGAGAUGCAAUGAGCUGGGCCUGUUGUAUAGUAUUUGUUAUGUUUUCCUUGGUAUUUUUGUCAUUUACACAAUGAGCGUCAAAGCAAGAAACCAAAGAUGAAGGCUUUGAUUUAUUGGUGUCCUUGAAUCAGACUGUGUAAGAUAAAUAAUCACAACUGACUAUUUCAUUUGGAAAGAUCAUUUUUAUUUUAAAAACUUAGAGAGUUCAGCAAAUAUUAUUAUAAACUGUACAAAAGAUGCAAACUAGACCAAGACAUCAGACACACCUGAAAAAUCUCCCAGGAAUAAUGUGUCUCUCUAAAUUGCAACAAAAUACAGGCAAUCUAAUAUUGCUAGUGUUCAUAUAUUUAAUAGCUUACAUGUAUGUUUUAGACAGUGCUAGGUUUGCUAAAGGUGAAGAAAUAAUUGGUUUUUACCUUCAAAUGUGAAUUUCAAUUUGUCCAUUUCUGAUACAUUUGAAUUAAAACGUUACCGUUUUCUCCUCGUUCGUCAGAUUUUGCUCAAACGGCUAACGUGGUAAUGUUUUGUGUUACAUUUUCCUCUAUAUUAUAUCCACUCUUAAAUGUUGAGGCUAUCAAAAUCUGUGCCAAAUAUUAUAUAUUUAGUGAUUCUUUGAGUUUUAGUUUUUAUUAUGACUUGAUAUAAAUAUUGCAGCUGGUUCUGUGAGAAUAUUUUAAACUGGAAAAUGAACUUAUUGAUAAUGACUGUCUUAUUGCUAAGUUGUCACCAAAUUACGUACAGUGUUUGUUUCAAUGGUAAACUGACAGCUAGCUAACACCAGAUAGCUAACGUUAGCUAACAGGGGCUAAAAAUCUCAGAGCUAAGCAAGCUAACUUGUAAUAGAGUUUGUAGCUAACAUAUGGCUAAGAAAGUAGAGGGGUUUGGCUAGCAGCAACAAAAUGUGUCACUUGCUGAUAAUGACUGUCCUAUUGUCACCAAAUUUCAUACAGUGUUUGUUUCAGUGGUAAACAACUGAGACUGCAGACAAGAUAACUACUUAGCAUGGAUACAGUGCAUGGAAAUACAGGAGUGUAAACUGAGCAUAACAAGCUAACGGAUGCAGAAUUUCAAGCUAACAAUGACUAAAGCCAAGCCAAGCUAACUUGCAAUAGAGUUACUGGCCAACAUUUGUUGCUAAGAUAGUUGAGAGGUUUGGCUAGCAGCAGCAAAAUGUCUUUUUUUCUCUGUACUCAGUUGCAAAUCUGUUUACAGUUUCCUAAAAAAUAUUAACUACAUUUCAUACACUGUAAAUUAAAAUAUUAAAAAUUGGUAAAAGCAUUUUCAUAGACAUUCAUUCAAAACAUAUUUCAGACUUUGGAAAUACAUCUAUUCCUAUGUGCAGCUCGCAUCAAGUAAAAUGUGAUCAAAAUAUUUUUCGGCCAAACAUUUCUAGUGCUAAAAAUAUGUUUUAAGUGGGCUAAAUGCCGCAUUAGACAUUUAGUGUUGCAACUUUUAUUCUGAAAUCUUGACAUAAAUGCAUUCAGCUGUCCUGUAUAUGUUAAUGGCAUGUCAUAUUUAGAGCAAGUCACUGUGCUAGUUUUUGGUCAGGUCUAGUCAGUUGUUAAAUUUGUGGCCAGCACACCACUGGCAGGUUUGGCCAGGCUCCUGAGCAAGAUCCUGGCCAUUAGAGUCCAGACAGGACAGGAGACCGGACCUAAGUAGUCCAAACUACCAUAGUGGUUCCAUCAUGUGUUCAGUCACACCUUACAUUUACACAGACAAUGUACAGUAACAUUGUACAGUAGCUAGGCUGUAUGCUACACUACCCAACACGCUCUGUCAAAUGAGUCCUUUCAUUAAACACCCUUUGAUUUAACGUAAAAGUCAGAAUGUCGUGACAGUCUGAUUUCAUGUCCGCAUAUUUGAAAGCAAUAAUGUAAAUGUUUGAGUACCACUGAUUUAUCAUUGUUAUGCAAUCAUAUUACAGUGACAGAAUUUAUUAGAUGAGUUAUGAUUUGGCAAAUAAAUCGAUUAUGUCAAGGGAUACAUGGAAGUAUAUACAUUUUUGAAAAACAGGUUACCAUCCUUACACUUUCAAGUUUUAGCUCAGUAUAAAAGUUAUGGUGUUCAGUUUCUAAGGAAAGUUUAUUUUCUGCAUAUACGUCCACUUAAAAGCCAUUCCUCUAGAUGUGCCUAUUUUCUAUUUGGCAUUGUGUUGUCUGCAUCGUUCUUCACCCUGCUGUAGGAAACAACAUCUGGUACAAGCUGCCCAGAGCCAGUGUUACACCUAAUGAUGUGUUACAUACAGUAUGUGGGUUAAUGCAUUUGUCACCUAAAGCUGCA